UACCUCAAGGAAAUUCUCCAACAUGAAGGCCUUGAGAGCGUGAGGAAUCAAAUUAACUGCGCUUGUGGCCAGGCUGAUUGGAUGAAUGAAUAUGGGACUGGGUAUCGGUGCACGGAUUGCUUCGAUAGUUUACUCUGGUGUCAGGCAUGCAUUGUGACUCGUCAUGGAUGUAGUCCCUUUCACCGAAUCGAGAAUUGGACGGGAGCUUACUUCAAGAAAACAAGCUUGUACAACUUGGGCCAUGUUUUCCAUCUUGGUCAUACCGCGGACCGUCCAUGUCUUGGUGCAUAUUCAAAUCACAAAUUCACCGUCAUCGAUACUACUCGUAUCCAUACAAUAUCUGUGCGGUUCUGUAGAUGCCAUCUAGCAGUCGAGGAUCGAUAUCAGCUUCUUCGAGCACGUCUCUAUCCCGCAACAAUGAACCUCCCGCAAACUGUAGCAACUUUCUCGUUCCUUGAGUUUUUCCAAAAAUUGAGUUUCAUGUCAAAGGUAUCUGCUACUGAGUACUACUCUGCAAUUGAAUGGAUGACAGAUAACACGGGCACAAGAACACCUCCAGUUCGCUCUCGAGAGGUUUUACGAAUGAUUCGUGAAUGGCGACAUCUACGAAUGUUGAAGCAUGCCGGUGUUGGAUAUAAAGGCGUGGACCAGGAUGUACCCGGCAUCUUGGCAGUCAAGUGUGCAGCCUGUCCACAUCCUGGAAUCAAUAUUCCUGGAGAUUGGGCCAGCAAUCGAGAGAAAAUAUGGUUGUACAAGGUUUUCUUCGCCCUCGAUGCAAAUUUCCGUCUCACCCGUUUCAACGUAUCCUCUGAAGCUCGUGAUCCUGGGUUCAAUAAAGGAAGAGCAUAUUUCGUGGAUGAUCCCACUCUGCAGGAUCAUUUAGCUUCUUUUGCUGGAUGUUGGCCUGCCGAAAAAUCGGAUUGUAGCAACCAUGAUGCUAUCAAACUGGCGAACAGGCGAGGAGAUCAUAAUCUUUCAACUACUGGUCUUGCUCUUGCUACUUGUGCACGUCACGAUACAAUUCAUGCCAAUUCUGGUGUUGACUUACGCCUCGGAGAAGAGUAUCUGCUUAUGGACUAUUCCCUGCUAUCUGCUAUACAAUCCUUUCCCAAUUUACCUGUCAUGGCUUCAUACGACAUCAUGUGUCAAUUUUCAAAAAAACUGUAUGCUCGGAUUGGAUCAUAUCCCGACAUGCUCAAAACGCCAACCCCGUUUCCUCGUUAUCAACUUCUUGUUCCCAAGUUUCACCUGGCAGCUCACAAGGAAUCGUGCAUUUGGAGCUUUUCAUACAACUAUGCACCAGGAGUGGGACGUACAGAUGGGGAAGGUGUGGAACGAAACUGGGCUAUCGCCAAUUCCUUGUCUGGGAGCACGAAGAAGAUGGGUCCUGGAAGCCAACGUGAUACCCUCGAUGACCAUUUUGGCGAUUUUAACUGGCGUAAAAUGAUUUCACUAGGUGUGUUUUGUCCCUCAUUCAAACUCUGUGUUUGGAGUUUAUUGUAUAUGUUAGCAUCACACCUCCACUCUAAAGCGGUCGAAGCAGCUACAGUCCGAGAGGAAAUGAAACAAUGGCGCCAAAUGGUACUGGCCUGGGAGGCGGAUCCAGACAAGAGGAUGCCUAACGCUUAUGAACAUACUAUCAGAAAGUACACGAUGAACCGCACCCGACUGGAGCUGGCCAAAGAAGAUGCAGACUUGAUUGGAAACGACACAGCAGCUCAGGCAGUAAGUGCUCGAAUCAGUCGCAAUCAGCUGAUCUGCCAGGGUUUAGAGCUGGAAGAACAACUAAGGCAUCUUAAGUUUGAUAUGAAGACAGUCACUGAAGGCUCAACUGACUUAGUUCGUGCCAAAACGACCGAGCGGUCAACAAGCCUCCGCCGCAGAGUUGAGGUGUUUGCUGAGUUACAGGCCCUCCAUAUGCCCAUCACUGUAAUCCUUCGGCAACAACUCGCCUCCUCUGGUCAAACCCACUUUGUGUAUGACCUACCCCUUUUACUUCCCUCCCAGGUCUUCCGCCUAGGCUCGUCAUGUGAUUUAGUGUUAUUGGACUUCGAAUGGAGGCUCCGUUAUGCAGCAGCCCACGAUGCUCUAGAGCAGAUGCGUAAGCACUUACUCGAACACAACUGGUCUAUUGACUGGAAACGUCAGUAUGGCCAUGGUGUAAGAGAUGGAACUCGGUCAGCAAAUAAUGUAAGUAAGCUCACCGACAAGGUUGAGGCAUGUGCUGCGCGGUACCGCAUUCAUUACGCAGUAUUAUCCACACUGGCAGAGAAGUUGGGCAAAGUAGGCUGGUCAGCAGACCUACGGGAGCUUCGUGACAGCGAUAUCAGGGCUAUCUCCCGCAGGAAUGAAGAGACUUUACGGCUUGGGGAAGGCUAUGUCGUGACUUCAUGGAUUUGGAAUACCUCAGGUAUCGACAAAACAGAUGAUUUGUCACUGGCUGAGUGUUUACAAGUGUCUUGGUGCAAGGCCCGGGCUAGAGCAUUGCGCUGGCAAGAAGAAUGUGUACUACUCCAGGAGGAGAUGCGAUGA